AGCACAUUUCAUUUGAAGUGAAACAUUCCUGAGCUACUGAGUUAUUUGUCGCUGUGUUUAAAUGUAAGUUACUUCCUUAAAGAGAUAAUUUCUUCCCUCCACCUGAUCAAAACUGACAAGCAACAAACACAGCGGGACUCUGUGUGUUUACUGAAACCACUGGUCUUCUCCCAGUAACUAUGAUUCGACCAUCCCAGUCCACGCUGGUCUUACUGCUGAUCGGGAUUCAGGCUGCUGUGUUGGUAAGAGCUCAUUCUGGAUUUAAUCUGGUGAGGCACAAACGAGAGUGGAUUAUUCCUCCAAAAACUCUGAAGGAAAAUGUUGACUAUAGUCAUCUGGAAUAUAUUGCCAAGAUCCGAUCUGACUAUUCAGCUGCAGAAGGUGUGACUUACUCCUUAGAGGGAGUUGGAGCAAAUAAGUUUCCUUUCCAUGUGUUCGUGGUUGACCCUAAUAAUGGAAAUGUUCGAUUGACCAAAAAGCUAGACAGGGAGAGUAUUGACACCUACUAUCUUCAAGGUAUUGCUACAUUCAAAAAUGGAAGCGAAGCAGAGAAAAGAAUUGACCUGAAGCUUAAGGUGCAAGAUGAGAAUGACAACGCUCCAAAGUUUGACUUCUCUGUGGUGACAGCUUGGGUGGAUGAGCACAGUCCUAAAGGGACGUCGGUUACAACAAUCUUCGCCACCGAUGCGGAUGAACCAGAGACGCUCAAUUCUAAGAUCGCCUACUCCAUCAUCAACCAGAUACCCCACAACUAUUUCAGCAUAACCAAGGAAGGGACCAUCAUUGUUAAUAAUUCUGCAUUGGACAGAGAAGAAGAAGACACGUACAUUCUUACAGUGACUGCUGCGGAUCUGGAUGGUGCAGAAGGGGGACACACUGCAACAGGCACUGUCACUGUCUACCUCGAUGAUGUAAAUGACCAUCCUCCAACUUUGGAAAAAACAGAAUUUGAGUUAAAUAUUAAGGAGAACAUCUUUGGUGUUGAGGUGAUGAGGUUCAAAACACAGGACAUGGACCUUAAGGGUACAGAAAACUGGGAAGCUGUUUUUGAAAUUGUCAAAGGAGACGAGGGUGGAUAUUUCAGCUUUAAAACUGAUCCCGAAACCAAUGAGGGCAUCUUAAUGCUUGAAAAGCCUUUGGACUAUGAAUCCAUUAAAAACUUGGACCUGGGACUAGAAGUACGCAACAAGGCUCCACUGUUUGAUGGAUCUGGCUCCAAUGCUGAAGCUGGUAUUAGCGCAGGGGCUGGUGGUGCUGCAGGAAAUGGUGCAAGCGGAGCCAGUGGAGCCAGCGGGGCCAGUGGUGCCAGUGGUGCAAGCGGUGCCAGCGGAGCCAGUGGAGCCAGUGGAGCCAGUGGAGCCAGUGGUGCAAGUGGAGCCAGUGGGGCCAGUGGAGCCAGUGGUGAUGGCAGUACCACCGGAUCUGGAGGAUCCAGUGGAACAACAUUUAAAGGCUAUUCAAUCAAAAUCAAUGUGAUGGACGAGCCAGAAGGACCUAAUUUUGAUUCAGCUGCUAAAGCUAUUCCACUCACACGGGCCCACUACUUGGACGGUUCUAAUAUCAUUGGCCGUUAUCCUGCAAUAGAUGAAGUCACAGGAGAGCCAGUGAAUAAUGUCACAUAUCUAAAAGGCUCUGACCCUCGCGGAUGGUUUAGUAUUGACCCCAAAACAGCUGAGAUCAAACUGAUCAAGAAUCCUUACAGGGAGUAUUCUUCACUGGUCAAUGGGACAUAUUUGGCUGAAAUACUCUGCAUCACAGAAGAUAUGCCCGCUAAAACAUCUACUGGUACCAUAGCCAUCCAGGUGGACAGCGGCGACUGCCCCACCCUGCCAAGGAAAUCCCUGUCUAUGUGCACAUCAAAGAACUUUGUCAUUGUUAAUGCUGAUGUUGAAAAUGCAUUAUAUAGUAGCCCACCUUUUGAUUUUACCAUCGACCCAAGUGAGACAAAAGGAAGUUGGCAAGUGGAAUGGUACAAUGAUACUGCAGCUAUUGUGAAGCCGAAGGAGAACCUUCCGCCUGGUGUCUACGAGGUGACGCUGAUGGUGAAAGACCAGCAUGGACAGACUUGCCUAGAUCCACAGAAAAUCUACAUCAUUAUCUGUCAGACUAGGAAAGUCGAUGCAAAUCCGGUUAGCAAAUUAGGAAAUGCAGGAUUAGGCGUUCUUCUUCUGGGAUUGAUGCUUCUGAUAUUGGGUACAUGCCUGUUGCAUCACUGCACCUGUUCAGGCCCAUUAUUUACUGAGUUAAAUGAUUCCACAAGCUCACAACUCAUUUGCCAAAACUAUGAGCACCCAGCACCAGCGCCCAAUAUGGACAUGCCUUGGAAAAUCUGGUCAAACAUGAAAGCUGCCAGGAUUCCAUUUCAAAAAAUGGGAGCAGGGUCUUAUACGGAUUCCCAGCAAUCAGGUUCCUUCAUAAAGGCGGGCGUGCACCCGGCUGACCACAGAGCAGAGCUGUGGGAAAUAAACCAGUGGGAUGGCAGUACCUUCUACUCUGAGUGUGAAAGCAGAGCGGCCCGAGAGGACAUUGUUACUGAGGACCUACGUUUGUCAAGAUACCAAAACAUCUACCUCAACCAGAAAACCAGGGGAAAUGAGCUCCUUGGGGGAGAACAGGACGGCCCGCAUGCGUAUGACUAUGAAGGCGCGGGUUCCGUUGCUGGCUCUGUGGGCUGCUGCAGUUUUCUGGAAUCAGACAACGAUCUGCAGUUCUUGGAUGAUCUUGGGAUCAAAUUUAAAACACUUGCUGAAAUAUGUGGAGCCAAAAAAACUCAAACUGAGAUAACGCGAUUGGAUACUCCCCUAUCUAAAGAUUCUUCAGGCAGAAUUCAAAUGUCAGAGGCAGAUUUGUUGACAAGCCAAGCGAUGUCCUCUUCAUCCAAAGUGCAGCAGACUGUAGCCAGUGAGAUAACAGAGCAUAGUGAGAUAAGGGAGAGCAAGGCCACAGUGAGGGAAGAGAUGCACUCAGUGCAAGCAGGGAUGGAACAUCAGAACAGGAUGCUAGUUUUAAAGCAACAGCAGCCUGUCUACCCUACAGCCAUACCUGUGAUUCAGCCCGUGCACUAUGUUGUUCAGCAGCCUCCUCAGAAUGUCAUGUUUAUGGUUACCGGCACUAACAUUGGUUCAUCCCAGGCAGUUACUGUUCAAGGUCAGACAGUGAUGCACAGAGCACAAACCCAGAGCCCAGAGAUGGUGCUGAUGGACAGCAUGGGGACCAAUGAAAACCUGGUCUUUACUUCCCAGAAUAUGUUUAUUAAAGGCAUGCUCCCUGCAGGAUCCGUGAAUGGGAACCAGGUUAGCCUAGCUCAGGGUGAUACUGGACUAAACCAGCUCUCAGGGUCUCAGGCAAUCCUGAAGGUUGAGGCGUCAAAGUGCAAAAAGGAUGGAAGAGGUGUCUUCCAAAGGUCCGAAGUCUUUGGGGUUCAAAAAGUUAUCAGCGAUGGCGCAUCCAGUGGCUCUGAAUGCAGCACCUCUUCCUGCAGGCUUACAAAGCAAAUCCAGUUCAACUAAGCAGCUAACUCUAAUGAGGGAAACAGACAGGUGAAAAAGGCCGUUAAUGUUUGAGGCCUUUCUGAGCAGCAGGUAGUCUUACUCAUUGUGAACAGGGAUAAAGGUGUUUUUGCACUGGUUCUGAUUGCUUGGGCUGUGGAUAAUAAUUGCAGGCUUGAAGUUGUGAAUGGGUAUAUGUAUGUCUAUAUGUGCAUCAUCUGAUUCAUUUAUUUCCUCACUUACUGGUUUUUGUGUAGUAUGGACUCUUAAGUUAAAUGGGAACCAGGAAGAUCUUUGGUGUUAAGGACCGUAGUAAGGUGAAGGGUGAUGGUUAAAAACGUUACACCUCUUUGUUCCUCCCUCAAACAAUAGCACAAAAUUACAGUAUAUACUUUCUUGGUUAUAGAUAACGUUUGCAUUUGGUAGUUUUACAAUUUUACAUGGUUGUCUGAAAUAAAGUCAUUAAUUCAUUCAUUCA